AUGCUCUCCUUAUUCAACGUAUGUUUAAAAACCCCUUCAUUAGUUCCAUUUGUACCAAAUCUACUCGAACAAUUUCUCGAUGGUGAUGGUAUGGAUUUAUCAGUUAUCGAUGAUUGUCUUUGUGCAAAACCUACAUCAUCACAUUGUAUAUUUGGUCAAAAUAAGCAUUCUCUUAAUUUAAUAUCUGAAUGUGAUUAUGCACCUUUAUAUGAUCAUCGACUUGUUAUUACAAGUGUAGAUAGUAAAGCAAAUAUAUUUCGUAAUAUUCUUUCUUUCUUUAUUAUUUUAUUUCAAACACUAUAUGUUGCUUUAUAUACUGGAGUAAUCAUUGUUACACGAACACCAAAAUAUUAUAAUCAUUCUUAUGUUGAUUUGGAAAAUGAUACAUGUAUUUAUAUGUGUAAUGUCUUAACAAAUACAACAUAUCAUUUUGAUUAUUCAAAUCAUGGAACAUUUAUUUUAUAUAUAUUUCGUUUAAUACUACUUAUAUGUUCAUGUAUUGCUUUAUUAAAAGAAUUUAUACAAAUUUUAACACAACGUGAAAGAUAUUUUCGAGAAUUUUUUCUUAAUCUUUUAGAAAUUUUAACUGAUUCAUGUGGAGUUAUAUUUGCUAUAGAUACAAAUAUUUGUUCGAAAUAUUCUAGUAUUCGAUGUAAAUAUCAAUAUGAUUUUGGUGCAUUAGGUGUUGCAUGUGUAUGGACUACUCUUCUACUUGCAUUUGUUAAUUCACUUAAACUAGGAAAAUAUGGUCUUUUAUUUAUAACAAUAUUUUUAUAUGGAUUGGCUAUUUAUUUGCAUUUCAUAUGUUAUUAA